UAUAUAAGAGGAUGCAUUAUCCUCUAAGUGACCCUAACUAUACAUUCUCACCAUCAUCAGUAUCUUGGUCAUCAUCAUCAUCAACAAUAUCAUUAACUGAGUGAUAAAAAUAUUUUAAAAAUGUUAAAAUUUAUGGGAUUGUUUGUUGGUCUUGCAGUUGGUGGUUUUGGAUCGACAAUUAGAAAUACUUGGCCUGAAUCUCAGUAUCAUAAUCAAGAUUCUUUGGGUUCUUAUCGUUAUGGUUAUACAUCACCUUAUCAUUCAAAAAGUGAAACAAGAACAAAUGGAAUUACCCAAGGUGGAUAUUCAUAUAUUGAUGCUAAUGGAAUUCUCCAAGCAGUUCAAUACACAGCAGAUGAUGUGAAUGGUUUUCGUAUAAGUGGAAGUAAUAUACCAAAACAAAUUGAAAAUAAUAAUUUACAAUUGAUUGAAAAAUCAGAUAUUGCUGAAUCACAAAAAAAUCAUAUAUCUCAAUAUGAUAAUAACAAUGAAAAUCCAUUGAAUGCUGAUGAUAUUUCUAAAAAUGAAUUAAUUAAAAAUCCAUAUUUAUUAACAAAAGCUGAGGCAUCAAGUAUCAAUGUACCGGUACCAACAAAUAUGCAUUUAAUAAAUAAACAAAUUGAUUAUUAUAAUGGUAAUAAUGGAGCUUCAUCAUCAGCAUUACCAAUAGAAAUAAAAUCAACACAACCAGUAGCUUCUUCAUCAUGGAUUUUACCAGUGUCUUCUUAUCCAGCAACGUCAUCAUUUGUUCCAGCAGCUACUGCGUUUGUUCCAGCAGCUGCUGCAUUUGUUCCAGCAGCUGCUGCAUUUGUUCCAGCAAGAAGAAUGCAUAGUUCAUUACAUCAUACUCAAGAUAGUUUAGGACAAUAUGAUUACACUUACACUGGUGAUACCAGUGCCAAAAGUGAAUCAAGAUCAUUGGAUGGAACUACAAGAGGUGCAUACAGCUAUAUUGAUGCCAAUGGUAUUUUACAACAGGUACAUUAUAUCGCUGAUCACAAUGGAUUCCGAGUACUUGCUACUAAUUUACCUUCAUAAUUUCAAUCGAUAGUCUCUUCCAUCAAUUUUUUCAUUUUACCCUUUUUUUUUUAUUUUUAUUUUUCGAUCUACUUUCACACUGAUAAUAGUAAUAAAAAAAAAGCUUUGAUCUUUCUGCAG